AUGUUAACUUGUCAGGCCUCAUUUCUGGCCAUCCUCAGUCUGCACCGUAGCGAAGGUGCUUACGUGCAGGAAUUCUUCAAGAUUCUCAUCCAGGACAAUGUAGCUGGAGCUCCGAUAAUUCAUAAGCAGCAGGAGUUUGACUUUGAUCCCGACGUGAGCGUGAAAAGACGUCAACAAUUUUACGACCUGCAUGGUUAUCGUGCGGACAAGCUGAUCGAGCGCCUGGGCCUGGGAAUCGACGGCAAGGCAGAGGAGCGCCUCGUGCAGCAGCGCAUCCGCGACCAGGGGCGAUUAGAUGAUGCUAAUCAACCCUACCAAUAUGCCAGCGAUAGUGCGCAAAACCAGUACUAACUCAGGUGUGCUCAGGUGCUUCUCAUAGCUUUACAAUCCUCCCAAGCAGUGAA